AAGAACUUGUUCAUGCGAGAAACAAGUUUCAGUGUGCAUAGUGGAUGCGAGAAUCAGCGCUGAUAUUUUAUCUAUUAUUUGUGUUUUAUGUAUGUUUGUAUGCAUUUGGGUUUGUUGUUCAUUCGUGUUUGUGAAAUUGAAGUGAAAAGAUAUGGAUUCGUCAGAUGAUGAGUAUUUAGCUUCGGCUGCUGUUUUAAAGUAUUUUAUCAACAAAAAAUCAUUUGGAAAACAUCCAAUAAAUGAUAAACGAAGUGAAUUUGGAGAAUUUCAUCACUUAUAUAGUGAUUUAAGAAAAUAUCCUGCCAAGUUUAAAGAAUAUACUCGAAUGAGUAUUGAAACUUUCGACUAUAUUCUCGAAAAGAUUGGUGAUAAAUUAAAAAAGAAGUGGAGUAAUUUUAUUAAAGUACCAAUAUGUCCAUGUGAACGCUUGAUAGUAACUCUCAGAUUUCUGGCAACUGGAGCAUCAUUUGCCUCACUAUCUUUUUCGUUUCGGCUAGGCAAAUCAACAGUAGGAGCUAUUGUUAAGGAGACAACACAAGUUCUAUGGGAUAAUAUGUUUACUAUACAUAUGCCGCAGCCAAACGAACAAUGUUUUCAAGAAAUUGCAGAGCAAUACUGGAAGCUAUGGAACUUCCCAAAUUGUAUUGGUGCUAUCGACGGGAAGCACAUACGAAUCAAGUGUCCAGGAAAUACUGGCUCCAUGUAUUAUAAUUAUAAACACUUUUUUUCUAUUGUAUUGCAAGGUAUUGCCGAUGCCAACUGCAAAUUUAUUUCGGUUGAAGUUGGUGGAUACGGAAAGCAAAGUGAUGGUGGCACUUUUAGCUCUUCCAAAAUCUUUAAUCUUUUAAAAAGUGGAGAACUACCUGUACCAGGAAAUACAUGUCUGCCAAACAGUGAAGAAAUUGUGCCAUAUGUAUUUCUUGGGGAUGAGGCUUAUCCCCUUUUAGAAUGUUUGUUAAGGCCGUAUAGCCGAAAGGAGAUAACGGAAGACCAUGAAUAUUUUAAUGCCCGGCUUUCAAGAGCUAGAAAGUGCAUUGAAUGCGCCUUUGGGUUAUUAAGUGCAAGGUUCAGAAUAUUAUGGAAACCCAUUGAAACGGAUCCUUUUUUCACUGAACUCCUUGUAAAAUGUACAGUCACUCACAUUGAAAAUCGGGCAAGCGCAAAACAAAAUUUCUACUUAUAAUAAAAUUGUAAUGAAAAAAGAUAUUCAACUCGAUCUUUUUCUAUUUUAUUAAAAAAAAGUCUUACUGUUAAAAAACAACAAAAUUAUAUAUUCAAAGAAACAUAAAACUUAACGCAUGUAACAAAAACUGUACUAAGGCCACUUUUUCGCCUCACAUUGAAAGUCGGGCAAGACGUAAAAGACAUAAGUAUUUAAAAGUUUACACACAAAAAAAAUAAUUUUUAGUAUUUUGUGGCUCCACCUUUUCGAUUUUCUACUGCUUGUAGUCUUCUCGGCAUUCAUUCAACCAGAUUUUUGCACAUAUUCGGACUAAUCUUGUUCCACUCCUCUUGUAAAGCAUUCUUCAACUGUUCCUUCGAUGUGCACAUCCUGUUCUGCAUCCUGCGUCCUAAUUCGUCCCACAAAUGUUCAAUUACAUUGAGGUCAUUCAUUUUCAUCAUAUAAUUAGUAUAGAUAAAAUGAAGGAAUCAGAUGGAAUUCAAAAUUUUGUUAUAUGGGAAGAUGUCGUGGAUGUGAACCGAUUUCAUCCAUUUUCCACACGUGUCAUCAGGGUGCAAAGAAAAUAUUAUAUACCGAAUUUCAUUGAAAUCUGUCGAGUAAUACCUGAGAUAUGGUUUUUGACCCAUAAGUGGGAGAUGCCACGCCCAUUUUCCAUUUUGUAAAAAGAUCUGAGUGCAGCUUCUUUCUGCUAUUUCUUCUGUAAAAUUUAGUGUUUCUGACGUUUUUCGUUAGUGAGUUAAAGCACUUUUAGUAAUUUUCAGCCAAAUCUUUGAUGGGAGGUGGGCGUGGUUAUUAUCCGAUUUCUUUCAUUUUUGGACUGUAUAAAGAA